UAAAGCCCCGGUUCCCGCUCUUUUCCCCAGUUCCAUUUUUCCGCCGCGUUUGGCUGCUGUUUGGAACUUCGCUCUCGUAGCUUUUUGGAAUCACUGUUUGGCUUUUGACUCGGACUGUUUUUGGACUUCGUUUCUUCGGACGUCCCCCCUGUGUUGACCGACCGGACUGUUGACCGCGCCUUUGGAUUUCAUUUUGGCCUGUCGUCUUUGGUGAUGUCGCCACCCAUCAAGAAGUGUGACGUCUGUGGAGGAAAGGUCCCCGUCCAAGACCCUCAUUUGUCCUGCCUUCUCUGCCUAAGGAGAGACCAUGAUGCCAAGGCUUGCCAGUUGUGUAAGUCCAUGUCCUCCCAGGCUAGGAAAAAUCGGGAGUCCCGCCUGACCUCCGCGAUUGCCCAAGGGAAAAUCCGGGAGGGGGACCCCCGUCCUUCAUCGGCUCCAUCUGCGUCUGCCGUGACCCCCUUGCUCCAGCCCAGGCCAGUCCGGCUAGCGCUCCACCAGCUCUGGCGACCCAGGAUAUCGGGCUAACUGACUAGGCCCCCAUUGUGGCCCGGGAUUCCUCGAAACCCAGUGCCACUUCCAAGCCUGCCCAUCUCCCGCAGAAAUCGGAUGCGGGGACAUCCCUGACUCCGUCAGCCUCGGUCCGGGAGGAGGCAACGACUUCUAAGCGGGCGGCCACUGGUCAUAAGUCCCGCGGGGUGGCUACAGCUUCGGAUGUGAGCCCCAGCAGGCCUAAGGGCAGUAAUAAACCCGCCAAGGAGGGCAAGAUGCCCAAAGAGCGCUCUUCGACCACCAAGACGGAUGGUUCCGGGUCGUCCACCGCGAAGACUGGUACCGGCGGCCAAGUCAAGACGGGCGCAAGGGUCGCUGAUAGUCCGAUCCUGUUCUUCCCUCCUGACGCGCCACGGGAUUCGGUCUCCUCCAAGAAGAAGGCUCCGUCCACGAUCAGUUCCACUCCAGAGGUCCCAGCGGCAAAGAAGGCUAAGUCCCAGAAUCAUGCCAAGUCCCGUUCCGAAGCCGGGACCGACAAGGAGGGUUCUCGGGGCCGCCCACGCUCCCGAUCUCAUUCCCCGCGAUCCAAGGACCGCCGGCCGGCGUCCUCUGACCGACGACACGCCGCUAAGGGCCGCUCCCCGCAUAAGAAGCCCGCCGCUGUGGAUGUUCCACCUGUCAUGGUGAGCCAUCCUCCAGUUGCGGAGCCGUCGACUUCUACGACCGCUUUGGAUGUCAACCUGGACGAGGAAGGGACCCGUUCUCACAGGAGGAGGUUACCAACGCCCUCACCAGUGUGGGACUUAGCUGUCGAUCAAUACUUCUACGACUCGGAGUCUGACAGGUUUUACAUGGCCGUUCCCAGGGACGUGACUAUGUUGAAGUUUCCUCCUAGAGACGAUCGGUACCGAGAGGACAUAGCAUCUCGUACCUCGGCGCACCCUCGCUCCCCUCCUCACCGUGGGACUGCUCAGGCUAGAACGGAGACGGUGGUGCAUACUAUCCCUUCCGACUCAGAGCCGGAUCUUCCCCCCAAAUCCGAGGUGCCUUCAGAUGAUGAUGACCGUGCGGACGACUUCUCCUUGGGCCUCCAACAACCAGAGCCUGCUUCGCCGACCUAUGACGUGCGCUCCUUUAGUGAACAUGUUAUUAAAAUGUCCCGCGCCUUGGACAUCGAGUUGGCCUAUCCUGAGGAAGCAGCCAAGGAUCCGAUCGAGCGAUGGGUGCAAGGCCGGGUGCAGACACCGCCGUCGAUACCGUUCUUGCCCUCGCUGGAGUCCCUUGUCAAACGCUCUUGGGAUGCUCCCGCUUCGCUUUUGGGACCGCCGCGCAAGAUAGAGUCCCUCUAUAAGGUGUCAUCUCCCAAUGCCCCCUGGCUGGCUUCCCACCCUCGCCUCAACUCCGCAAUUGUUGAAGGAGCCCAGCGCACCUCCUCACAACGUCAAUCCUCGCUCCCCUUGGACAAGGAGGCCAAGAAGAUUGAUGCCCUCGUGAGGAAGGCAUACACAGCAUCGGCGUUGACGGUCAAAGCCAUAAAUUACACCGCCUGUAUGGGGGCUUAUGUCCAGACCCUCAUGGAGGGAAUCUCUCCGAUCAUGCCGGAUGUCCCUGAUGAGGCACAGCGCACCUUGGCGGAGAUCAGGGACGAGGCGCACUCAAUCGGAAGCUGGCUGAUCACCGCUUCCAGGAAUAUGGCAGAGUGCACCGGUAGAGCCAUGGCAGCCUCCAUCGCGCUUCGACGUCAUGCCUGGCUUCGUGGGUCGGACCUCAACCAAGGCGUCCGGUCCGCAAUUGAGGAGAUGCCCAUCGAUGACUCGGGGCUCUUCCAUGUCGACACGGAUGACAAGCUAAACAGAAAGUUUAGAAUGAAGGCGGCGGCUAGGAAGCACGGCAUGUCUGCCCUGGGCACUCUUCCGUUCCGAAAGCGAUUCCGUCCCUGGCAUCACCAACAAGGAUCUCUGGUUCGCGACAGUGGACUUGAAAGACGCUUACUUUCAUGUGGGAAUUCGGGAGUCCCACCGGAGAUUCCUCACCUUCGCCAUCGGCUCCGUCGCAUACCAGUACAACGUCCUCCUGUUCGGCCUGGCCACAGCUACAAGGGUCUUCACGAAGUGCAUGGCCCCGGUGGUGGCUUACCUUCACCGAAAAGGCUUCAGAGUCUUCCCAUACCUGGACGACUGGCUGUUUGCAGCCCCCUCGCGAGAAGAGCUGUAGAGCGGCAUCUGCUUCACUCUGGAUCUCCUGUCGGACUUGGGGCUGGUUGUCAACCUGGAAAAGUCUCAUCUGGUCCCAGCCAAGCAGGUCCGGUUCAUCGGCUCCAUUCUCGACUCCGAGGAAUGCACCGCAUAUCUCCCUCAGGACCGUUUCCAAACCUUGUCAGUCGCAGUGAGGUUCGUUCGGGCCCACAGGAGAGUGAAGGCUAGGGACGUCCAGGUGGCCCUGGGACACAUGGUGUCCACUACGUUCGUCACUCCAUGGGCAAGAUUACGGCUGAGGCCCUUGCAGUCGUGGUUCCUGUUGGUCUUCGACCCCAUGUCAGACUCUCCAAACAGAUGGCUCACCGUACCGAGGCCCGUCGCCGCUUCCCUGCUGUGGUGACUAGAUUUCCGCAACGUCUGCAUCGGCAUGCCCUUUACCCAGCCCCUGCCGCAGUUGACCCUAACGACGGAUGCGUCGAUGGAAGGCUGGGGCGCGCAUCUUUUGGACCUUUGUGUGAGGGAGAGGUGGUCUCGGCAGGAGAGUGCCCUCCACAUCAACGCAUUGGAAAUGCUGGCUGUGGAGAAAGCUCUCAGGGCCUUUGAAUCCAGUAUCACGGACAAGGUGAUCCUUCUCAGAACGGACAACACAACCGUGAUGUACUAUGUCAACAAGCAGGGAGGUACCAAGUCAAGGACCCUCCUGGACAUCACCUUGAGAAUAUGGGACUGGUGCAUCCCGAGGGGCAUCCUUCUCCAAGUGAUUCACCUGCCGGGAGACGAAAACACCUUGGCGGACCACCUCAGCAGGACCACCUCAACCUGUCACGAGUGGAGGCUUCAUCCAGAGAUGGUCUACGACCUGUUUUGUCGGUGGGGUACCCCUCUAAUCGACCUGUUUGCAACGGCCUCCAACAGCCAUUGUCCCCAGUUCUGUUCCCGAAUGCGUCACGAGAGAUCCCUCGGAGAUGCGUUCGCUCUCGAUUGGUCCGGGGAGAUGCUCUACGCCUUUCCCCCGUUCCCUCUGCUCACCAGGGUGGUCUCGAAGAUGUUGAGAGACCAUGUUGAUGCGAUCUUCAUCACGCCGUGGUGGCCGAGACAGCCGUGGUUCCCGUCGCUUCUUCACCUCUCCAACGACGAGUUCCUUCGGCUGGAACUGCGACCAGACCUUCUUACUCUCCAAGACGGGAGAGUCAGACACCCAGACAUCGACUCACUACCGAUGGUGGCAUGGAGGCUCCGCUGACAUCGCUCCCACCGUCGGUACGGAGGGUGAUCCGAGCCACGCAGAAACCGGCGACGCAGAAGUCCUAUGCCUCUAAGUGGAGAAGGUUUCUUCACUUCCUUGAUGAAAAGCACCUGCCACCACACCGCGUUACGGUACCGGUGGUACUGGAGUUCCUGAUGUCAUUGGUGGACGCGGGCUUGUGCCUCACGUCUGUGAAAUGUUAUCUUUCUGGCAUUUGUUCUUAUUUUCAAUAUGAUGCUUUGCCUUCUUUUUUCAGGGACCCCCUUGUCAAAAACUUUCUAAAAGGUUGUAACAACCUUCACCCACAGGUUUCUGCCCCUGCCCCUGCAUGGAGCUUGGACGUUGUGCUGUCCGCUCUCCAGUCCGAACCCUUUGAGCCCUUGGCCACAACAGACUUAAGGCUGCUGACUUGGAAGACUGCCUUCCUUGUGGCCAUCACUUCUGCUCGUCGGGCUGGGGAAUUUUGUGCCUUACGGAGGGAUGAACCCUUCCUUCGGUUCCACAAGGACAAGGUGGUGCUCCGAACCAACAUCACCUUCCUCCCUAAGGUAGUUUAAUUUUUCCACAUGUGUCAAGACAUUGUUUUGCCUUCCCUGGCUUCGAACCUGUCCACUGCUGAGGAGCACAGCCUGCAUAUGCUGGACGUUCGCAGGGCUUUGGCAUUCUUUCUGGACAGAACUUCGGGUUCGAGCCGUUCUGAGAGACUUUUUCAAUGUUAUUCGGAACCUAGGAAAGGACUGCCGGUGUCGGCUCAGAGACUGUCCAAAUGGGUGGCGAAUACCAUCCAUCUCUGUUAUGAACUGUCGGGCAGACCGGCACCGGCCACAGUACGCUUGCAUGCGACUAGGGCGGUGGCAGCGUCGUCUGCUUUCCUUGCGGGCAUCUCUUUAGUGGAUGUUUGCAAGGCUGCUGUCUGGUCCCAGCCAUUGACGUUUAUAAAACACUAUAGGUUGAACACCAGGGCCAAAAAGGAUGCAGCCUUUGGGAGGGCUGUGUUGGUCUCAGGAUUACAUUGAUUGCACUUCUGAUAUUAAUUGUUUACAGUGUUCAUGUAAAUAAUACCAUUGUUUCCAUUCUGUUGAAUGUGGGGGUUUUCACAAUUCCAAUGGGAUUGGUCUUGCGUGACCUUGCAUUCCCUUUUCAGGUUCUGCAAUAUAUUGCACUGUUGAGCUUGAUUUGCACAAUUCCAAUGGGAUGGGUCUUGCAUGAUCUUACAUUCCCUUCUCAGGUUUCUGCAAUACCAUGGCUGUGUUGGGGUUGUGCACAAACAAAGACUGACUCUUGUUUUGGGUUCAAGGUUUUUAUUGUUGCAAUAAAUGCACCUUGGUUUACCAUAA